CGAGGUUAAAAAAAAUUUCGCAAACGCCGCAAGGAAGUACAGUGUUUGCUUCUGUCAGUUUUUAUUAUUAUUUGAGAUUCAUUAAUUACAAUACACAAAGCGCGGCUAUGGCAAAUUUAAGUUACAAUAUAAUGGCCGAAGAAGGUGUGGAAUUUCAAGAUAAAGCCCUAACUUGGGAUACAGCCGAGCAUGUCAAGGAUGUUGUCGAAGCGCUGAAUAAGAAGAAGAAUGUGCACUUUCUAAAACUGGAUGGCAACACGUUGGGUGUGCCGGCAGCCAAAGCCAUUGGCGAGGCUCUGCAGCGGCAUCCGGAAUUUCGAAAAGCGCUGUGGAAAAAUCUGUUCACGCGCCGCUUGAAGACUGAAAUUCCGGAAGCCCUAAAACAUUUGGGUGCCGGUUUGAUUGUAGCUGGCGCCAAACUGACGGUGCUCGAUUUGAGCGACAAUGCGCUAGGUCCGAAUGGUAUGUUGGGCCUGGAGGAAUUUCUCCGCUCGCCAGUCUGCUACACACUGCAGGAGCUGCAUUUGAACAAUUGUGGCCUUGGCCCUGAAGGUGGCACCAUGUUGUCGAAUGCGUUGCUGGACUUGCAUGCGAAUGCCCAGAAGGCAGGUACGCCGUUAAAAUUACGCAUCUUUGUAGCCGGUCGCAAUCGUUUGGAGAAUGUUGGAGCCAAAGCGAUGGCAAACACAUUCAAGACACUGAAAACGCUGGAGGAGAUUACCAUGCCACAGAAUUCAAUUUAUCAUGUGGGCGUGGCAGCACUGGCUGAAGGUUUCAAACAUAAUCCUAAUCUACGCGUCCUUAACUUGAACGACAAUACGUUGAGUGUAAAGGGAGCAGCCAAAAUUGCUGAGGUGUUUCCGCAUACGCCGCUGCUCCGCGAAAUAAACUUUGGUGACUGCCUGAUUAAGACUGAUGGCGCCUAUCACUUCGCUGAUGCCUUGGAGCAUAGUCAGGAGCAUUUGGAAGUGGUCGAUCUAGGCUUUAAUGAUAUUAACUACGACGGCGGUCUUAUGCUGGUGACGGCAAUGCAGAACAAGACCAAGUUGAAGGUUUUAAAUUUAGAUGGAAAUUGCUUUGGCAAAUCCGGCUGCGCUCAGAUUGUGCAUGGAAUGGCGAAGUGCAAAAAUCCAGCGGCAUUGCAAGGCUUCGAUGAGGAUCAUUCCGAAGACGAAGACGACAAUGCCGACGAAGACGAUGAUGAUGAUGAGGAGGAGGAGGAUGAGCGAGAAGAUGCCGAGGGUGAGGAGUAUAGUACAGAAUACGGGGAAGACGACUAUGAUGAAUACGAACAUGAUCAUGGCAACGAUACCACUGAAGAAGCUGAUGAAGACGACGAGGACUAUUCCAACGUGGCCGAAGAAACAGCCUAUGUUACUGUCAAUCCCUACACAACAAAGAUUUUUGACGAAACCGUCACUUCCACGAAAGGCGAUACCGCUACCAACAACAACGGCAACAUUUUUGCCAAUGGGAAGCCAACGAAUGCUUUCAGCGCUGAACAGUUUUGUUUGAGCCAAACGCCUUGCACGCAGCAGCAAUUUGAUUCCUUGGAGGCGGACAAUAAGCUGCAGGCUCUGCAGAAUGUCAUUAAUCAAUUCAGCGAUGACAAUCAUUUAUUGCUGCUCAUAUUCACAACUCUCAAGUGCUCUCACCUCUCAAAGACCUCGAAGGCCGCCUUGGACUUGGCCGUGUCUCUCUAUCAGGCCACAUUUGACUAUGCUGUGAAAACACAGCAGGAAACCCGUGUGCUGGACUAUUACCUUAAGCAGUUGCGUUUGCUGCACAGCGAGGAGCCCUUCAAGUCCGACUACGAUGUAAAAAGCUGUCGCUAUGCCUUGCGCGAGGCUCUGUCCAGACAGCAGUUUGCGAACGAUAAUGUUAAGAAUACGUUUAAACUAUUUCUUGAAAAACUGGAUGUCUCGAACGUACCAUAUCGUUUGUAACGUGUGAAUUUUGAUAGUAAACGUUCCAUAAGUAUAACAAUAUACAUUCAUAGUUGUGCCAUGUUCCCACAGGUCGUGCCAUCUAGUUGGCCGUUCCUAAAUGUUUUUGAUAGGAUGGUUUCUUUUGACACAUAACACAAAUAACUGUAAUCUUCUUUAAGAAUGUAUUGCAGGUGAAAACAUUGCAUAUGUAAAUGUAAAAGUGUAAAGGAGUGUUUUAUUAUUUAGGCCCAAAACACGAGAGUAUAACACACAUAAA